UCCCCAGAGCACCCUGUCCCGGGCCGCGGUCCAGGCCACGCUCCGGCUCCGGCUCCGGCUCCGGCUCCGGGAGCAGCCUCCGCCCGCAGAGCCCGCGGCAGGCAGGGGCCCGGCCGCCGCGCGCCCGCCGGCUGCCGGCCGCCUGUCCACACACCCACCUGUUCUCGGCUGCCCGCCGCCCACGGCCGGCCUGUCUGUCCGCUGUCACCCGCCGCCGUCCCAUGUCUGUCUGACCAGCCCCUCGCUAGCCGUCCGGCCGCCUGUCCGUCCGGCCACGCAGCUGUCUGUGCGUCUGUCUGUCCGUCCGGCCACUGGCCCGCGCGCAGAGCCAUGGCCCGGGGCCCGGGGGCCGCGGUGGGGCUGGUGCUGCUGGGGCUGGGGCUGGCCCUGGCCAUCAUCGUGCCGGCCGCCCUGGUCCUGUCCCGCCAGCGCGCCCCCUGCGGGCCCCAGGCCUUCGCCCGCGCGGCGGUGGCCGCGGACUCCAAGGCCUGCUCGGACGUGGGGCGGGCCAUCCUGCAGCAGGGGGGCUCGGCCGUGGACGCCGCCAUCGCCGCGCUGGUCUGCACCGGCGCCGUCCACCCGCAGAGCAUGGGCCUGGGCGGCGGCGUCAUCCUCACCGUCUACAACGCCAGCACCGGGCAGGUGGAGGUCAUCAAUGCCAGGGAGACGGUGCCCGCCCGCCAGGCCCCGGGGCUGCUGGACCAGUGCGAGCAGGCGCUGCCCCUGGGCAGAGGCGCGCAGUGGGCCGGCGUGCCCGGGGAGCUGCGGGGCUACGCCGAGGCGCACCGCCGGCACGGCCGGCUGCCCUGGGCGCGGCUGCUCCAGCCCACCAUCGCGCUGCUCCGCCGCGGCCGCCGCACGCCGCCCGUGCUCAGCCAGUUCCUGCGGCACCGCCUGCUGCGCCCCGAGCUCCAGGGCUCCUCCCUGCGGCAGCUCUUCUUCAACGGCACCGAGCCGCUGGGCCCUGCGGACCCGUUCCCCUGGCCCGCGCUGGCCACCACGCUGGAGACGGUGGCCCGGGAGGGCGCGGAGGCCUUGUACUCAGGGCCGCUGGGCCGGACGCUGCUGGAGGACAUCGGCCGGGAAGGCAGCCAGCUGACCAUGCAGGACCUGGCCUCCUUCCAGCCCGAGGUGGUGCCCGCCCUGGCCAUGCCCCUGGGGAACUACACUCUGUACUCCCCGCCGCCGCCCGCAGGGGGCGCAAUUCUCAGCCUCAUCCUCAACGUGCUCAAAGGGUUCAACUUCUCUGCGGAGUCGGUGGCCACGCCCGAGGGCAGCGUGGCCUUGUACCACCACCUGGUGGAGACGUUCAAGUUUGCGGGGGGGCAGCGGUGGCGGCUGUGGGACCCCCGGAGCCACCCCGAGGCCCAGAACGCCUCCCUGGACCUGCUGGGGGAGGCCCUGGCCCAGCACAUCCGCCAGCAGAUGGACGCCCGCGGCGACCACCCGCCCAGCCACUACGGCCUGGCCGGGCCCUGGGGCCACAGGGCGGGCACCGCCCACGUGUCCGUGCUGGGGGCCGACGGCAGUGCCGUGGCCGCCACCAGCACCAUCAACACGCCCUUCGGGGCGAUGGUGUACUCCCCCCGCACGGGCAUCCUCCUCAACAAUGAGCUGCUGGACCUGUGCUGGAGGCGCAGGCCGGGCGCCGGGGGACGCCCUGCGCCCGUUCCAGGGGAGCGGCCCCCCUCCUCCAUGGUCCCCUCCAUCCUGGUCAACGCGGCCCGGGGGUCCACGCUGGUGGUCGGCGGAGCCGGCGGGGAGCUCAUCAUCUCCGCCGUGGUGCAGGUCAUCGUGAACAAGCUGUGGCUCGGCCUGGACCUGGGCGCAGCCAUCGCGGCCCCCAUCCUGCACGUGAACGACAGGGGCCAGGUGGAGUUCGAGCCCGGCUUCCCGCAGGAAGUGCGGCAGGGGCUGGCGGGCCGGGGCCAGCAGCCGGCCAGGAGGCAGUUCUUCCUGAACGUGGUGCAGGCCGUGUUCCGGGACGGGGCCUGUGUGGAGGCCGCCUCGGACCCCAGGAAGUACGGGGAGGCCGCCGGCUACUGAGGAGGCGGCUCCCGAGAGCCGGGUCUGCCCGGCCUUGGCGUGUGCCCCGGCGGGUCCGGGUCCUCCUGGGGGUGAACGGGGUGGGGCAGCCCGGCCGAGGGGCCUGGGAGUCCCUCCAGCUUCCCCAGCCUCUCCCCAGGCCCCCCCUUCCCUCACCCCCACCCCCCAUCAGUACAUCCUCUGUUCAAGGUGAAAGAGGGGGCGGCCGGCCGCAUUCAGGGUGGCAGGGAGGGAGGGGACCCUCAGGAAGCAGACACACGAGCUCCCACAGUCCUUUGCGAUGCACCAGCACGGCCACCCCUGGGCAGAGGCAGUGCCCCCGCCCCCCCUCGCUGGAGCUCUGACGGGGGGGCGGGGGGGGCGCCUGGAAGGCGGGGGUGGGCCCGGCCGGGGCCGAGGCCGAGGCUGGUCUCUGCAUCUUGUCCUCGGGGCCCGGAAAGUGUGGGACGCACUGAGACCCGGCCCCCAGCCCGGCCCCAGCAGCCCACACUCUCAGCCCUGGCACCGCUGACUCUUGGGGGGAUGCAACCCCUGGCCUCACCCACCAGAUGCAGCAGCUCCCCCUUCCCCCCAACAACCAGCCACCACGUUGCCCCCAAUUGAGAGCCACUGAUCUGGGCCCAGGAGCUCCAAUCACGUGAACGGCUUUGCCAGCUGCUGGCAGGGCCGCCCGGGCUGGGGGCCUCUCUGGACAGGCCUGGGGGCCCCUGAGAGCAUUGGGGUCUCGUUCGCCCCAGAGGGCCCAGGAGCAGCUGGCGGGCCCCAUGGGGUCCCUGACUCCCUCUGCCUGGCGCUGGGCCCAGCAGGAUGCAUCCCCAGUGCCCAGAGACGGAACGCCAGGCCGGGGCCCCCCCAACGGGAACGGGUUCCGGGCUGGGGCUGCGGUCACAUCGCCGGGCAGAGAGCAGGAUGCGGGCAGGCCACCUCCCCAGGGACCAGGACAUGCAUAUCUGUGGGCUGUUCUCCUUUUUAAUUUUUAAAAAAAUGUUUUUACUAGAGGCCUGGUGCACAAAAUUCAUGUCCCUCAGCCCAGCCUGCACCCUCUCCAAUCUGGGGCCCCUC